GUUCUUCGCCCAAGUAGGAGAGAGAGACAAAUCGCGUUUUAGAGCGAGAAACUCAUAUGGCAUUCUGGAGAGAGAGAGUAGGAGAGUUCAGCCCUAGAAAAUUAUGCAAUCCCGAUAAGGACUUGUGCUGAGACUAGGGCGAGCCGUAUCUACCCUUUCUCACUCAGUAGUAAUUGCUUCUUUGCACUGUUGCUUCCUUCCUUUAAUUCCCAAGCGGCUUUUUCAAUUUGGGUUUCUCUCACUAGCUUCGAGGUCUUCACGGGAAGAGUGGAUGUUUUCAGAAAUGGUUUUCAUUUUCUGGGUGUUGGCAUCAAAGUUUCAGCUUUAUCUCUGUGGCUGUCGGGUUCCUUGGAACUUGCUUGGUGUUUAAGGUUCAUGAUGGGUUGGUAUGAGAACAUGGCUUGGUGAUAGAUUUAGCGUAUUGGUUAGUAAGGCGGAAGUUACCUUUAAAAGAUUCUAAAGGAGUUUGAAGUAAAUGCAUGGAUCGGGGGGACCAAAUGGCGUUAUCUGGGUCUGCAUCUUACUAUAUGCAGAGGGGAAUGGCUGGUUCUGCCGGACAGACUGAGCUUCAUGGUUCCCCAUCUAUUCACCAACUUUCUAAUUCCAAUUUAUCAUUUCAACCCAACAUUGGGGGCGGUACUAUUGGAUCCACGCUACCGUUAGAAUCUUCUGCCAUUUCACCUCAUGGUGUUAAUGUAGGCGCUUCAUCUGGAGUGCCAUCUGGGGAACCUCUCAAACGGAAGAGAGGAAGGCCUAGGAAAUAUGGUCCAGAUGGAACUGUGUCGUUGGCAUUGACUCCGCUGUCGUCUAGUCAUCCCGGAAGUGGUCAUUCCGGAAGUGGAGCUGCGACACAGAGCCAUAAGAGGGGUAGAGGGCGCCCACCAGGGACUGGCAAGAAACAACAGUUGGCUUCUCUUGGUGAAUUCAUGUCUGGUUCAGCUGGAAUGGGUUUCACUCCUCAUAUCAUCACCAUUGCAGUUGGAGAAGAUAUUGUGUCAAAAAUAAUGGCAUUCUCCCAGCAAGGGUCUAGAGCCGUGUGUGUAUUGUCAGCCAAUGGUGCUGUUUCCAAUGCGACCCUCUGUCAGCCUUCAACUUUGGGUGGUUCUGUCACAUAUGAGGGGCGUUAUGAGAUAUUGUGCCUGUCAGGCUCUUACUUGCUUAAUGAAAGUGGUGGCUCGCGCAAUCGAACUGGUGGAUUGAGUGUCUCUCUUGCUAGUCCUGAGGGUAAAAUCAUCGGUGGAGGAGUCGGUGGAAUGCUUAUUGCAGCAUGUCCCGUCCAGGUGAUAGUUGGGAGCUUUCUAUGGGGUGGAUCAAAGACCAAGAACAAGAAAAAAGAAGUUGAAGAAGUUCCCGCGGAGUCAGAUCAUCAGGAUCACCAGGCAGUUCAUAAUCCAGUUGCUAUGAAUAACAUCAUGGCCAAUCAGAAUCUCACCCCACCAUCUUCUAUCGGUACAUGGCCGGCAUCUCGAACGAUGGACAUUCGCAAUUCCCAUGUUGACAUCGAUUUAAUGCGUGGGUGACAAUCUAUUAAAUAUACACUAGUAAUGUGUGUAUAUUUCAGAUUCAUGGCCACCGGCCUAAUUUUCCUGUGUUAGUAUUGGUAGGGACAGAACGGGAAUUACUGCCAUCGGAGUAGAAGUUAGCUGACUUUUGGACCCAUGAUUAACAUUUGGGUUGUAGUUGUACUCAAUACUUGAGUAGGAAUUUCAAUUUCAAGGUGUUGUAUCCGUGACUGGUAAUGGUUCAUUUCCCUUCUGCAAAAAAUUGUCAGUGAACCAUAUAAAUUGUGGCCUGAGUAUUUAAUAUUCAUCUCCGAUCCUUUCCAA